AUGAUCGAAGAUUAAAAUGUGAGAAUAACAAAGAGUUUCAGUAGUUAAAUGGUCUCUGGCAUAUCUGAUGACUUACCUCAAUAAAUUCAAUCUAUUGCCAGAGUUAUUUAAAUGAACUUUCUAGAGUCUUCUCACAAUAAACAAGACCUUAUUCUUAUCAUGUGCCCACCUUGGUAUUAGUUGAUCUAAUUCCAUAGAGGUGGACUCAUUUACUUGCAUCAACCAUUUGAUUUAAACAGCAUGAAACCUCCAUUACAAGAGUUACUAACAAAAGGUUUGUAAAUGGCAGAUAAAAUUUUUUUACAAUUACCAAAAAUAUUGAUCUUUUACAAUUAGUUAAUAUAUUUAAGAAUGUAAAAGGUAAACUUAAACUAAAAAUGA